AUGGUAGGAGAGUUAUGGUUCCGGAGAUCGAAGGACGGGAAUUAUAAACGAACUGUGAUUGCAUGCUUCAUACAAGCAAUAUAUUUGCUUGAACUCGAUAGACAAGAGAAUAGAGAUGAAACAAAUGCUCUAGCUCCUAAGUGGUGGAUACCUUUUAAGUAUAAACUAUCGCAAACCUUAAUCGAUGAAAGAGAUGGAUCCAUAUUUGGGGCAAUUUUGGAAUGGGAUCGGUCUGCAGCACUUGCUGACUUUGUACUUAUCAGACCAAGUGGUGCACCAAAGGCGGUUUUAGCACUUAGAGGAACAUUGCUCAAAGGCCCAACUAUGCGAAGGGAUAUUGAAGACGACCUUCGUUUUCUUGCUUGGGAGAGCUUAAAGGGUUCUGUUAGGUUCAAAGCAGCUAUGGAGGCUCUGAAAUCAGUUGCUGAAAGGUAUGGAAGCAGUAAUGUAUGUAUUGCGGGACACUCAUUGGGGGCUGGAUGUAUGUGGAAACUCAUUUGUUCAAUCCGCCUUCCGUUUCGCUAG